AAACUUUUUCGUGCCGCCGUUGGAUAUUAUAUAUAAAAAAUUCAAUAUUUUUGACAGGGUCCCCGCCCUUCCUCGCCUACAAAAACCCAAUGCUUUUGUCACGUCCCUCAUCCUCCCAGUGAGCGAAAGCAAGGUUCUGUCAACGACAACAGCUUCCUCUUCUCUUCGUCUCUUUUCCCUCUACUUGCAGAAACUAUCUGUUUCUGUGGCUUUCUCUCCACGUAGCUAACUUUUUCCGUCGCGUCGUUGCCGUAUCAUAAUCGCCCUCGUCAUGUCAAAGCCACGAGCAGAAGUUGUGUUUUCGAGUGAUGUCGGAAAUAUGGACGAGUGGGCGAGACGGACGAGAAUACCGCUCACCACCGCGGAUGCUUUGGGUGCUACUUAUGCACGUGCUCAUCGUUGGCUUCAAGCCCUGCGCCAACAACUCAUCCACCAGUACCACUGGAGGGAUGCUUCACCCUCGGACCCUCGCAUGCUUUUUUCCCUCGAAACAUCAUCCAUAUGGCGCUCAUCCGUGGGUUUGCCCGCUGGGCCAACUCUUAGGCUGCAGCUUCCCGUUCAUGCCAGUUCAUUCUUCUCUCCAGAACGUCGCGUUCAAUGGCAAAUGGUCUUUCACAGUGAUAUUUUCGAAUCCGUCCGGAAAAUAUGUCCACCUAUCAAUGACAUUCUGAGUUUGGUUCAGUGUCUAUUGACUGGCCUCGUUACGCUCGUAUUCGAAGAAAACCUUCCAGAAGGUCUUCAUAGAACCACUCGUGGUUUACCUCCAGUUUCGUGGGUCAACGCCAACGAAGCGCCGCUGAUCGAAAUCUUUGGCCCUGCUCAUUAUAAAGCGCUGCGCAAGGCGUGUGGUGACACCCAAACUGCCUUCAAGCUCGAGGUCGUCCACAGACGCUAACCUCAUCGUCCUCGCUUGGCUUUGCGACCGCUCCUCAUUCUGGACUGACUGCGUCUGUCUUUGCCCAUACAUCCAUUCUCUAUGCUAUAUUUCGUGGUCUUGGACUCUUCCUUGCCUUCCCAUAAUGCGCUAUCGUUAUCGCUCCCGUAUUGCUUGCAUCGACUUCACGCUAAAUUCAUUUUAUUGAUUUCUUGCACGUCCACCUUCUCAUCGCACAUAUAACUUAACUCUCUCCCCUUGUCUCUGCAUCUCCACUACUAUCGCAUCUAAUUCUUCCAACGACAAGUUCAUGUAUCAUUUAUAUUUUGAUGUUUUGGCCUCCUUACUUACAGUAUUAGGAUACUUACUUACGACGUGUUACUCUAGUUAAUGGUAUAGUUCUCAUAUCGACAAAAAAAGUUACUUCGAUUCCUUGGC